AUGGCCGACCCCGACCCAGAAGAAGCGGCCGCCCAGAAGGAAGAGCGCCUCAAAUCCGCCCUCUGGUACAGCAUCGGCCAGUUCGUCGACAACCAAUGCCAGCUCAAAGACCGCAACGCGACGCCCCAGUUCAUCGGUGCGCUGACCGAGCUGGUCUGGGCGCAAAUCGAAUCCGCCUCCCGCGACCUGUCCACCUUCGCGCGCCACGCCGGCCGCACCCAGGUCAACACGGCCGACGUCCUGCUGCUCGCGCGCCGCAACGAAGGGCUGGAGGCGCUGCUGCGCCAAUUCGUCGACGAGCACCGCGCCGAGCGGAGGAGUGCUGCUACUGAGACUGCGACGCGGAGUAACGGUAACACUGCUGCUGGCCGGGAGGAGGAGGGACCCGCGGGAGGGGACGAGGGAGAGGGAGAGGGAGAGGGAGGGGUGGUGGUGGGGGAUGAGUAA